ACCGCCUCCGACGGGCACCCGGCUUGAACGCUCCUACCUCAAUCGCUUCAACUCGCGAUCGUAUAGUAGUGCGCACUCGGUGACUCAGUGUGUGAUAUUGUUCGCAUGACGGAAAACAAUCUAAGGAGAUGAACGGCAGUACGACGACGGUGAAUGGGGGCGCCGUCAAUGGUACCACUGGAGCCCUCAAUGGAAUCGGUGCUGCUCCACGUACUGCAACACUCGGAACUCCUAGCAGCUACGCGUACACCUCCAGCGGGUCACUGCUAGGUCGUGGUGGCUCCGCCAGACCUGUGCCUCCGCCAACUCUUCCUAAGUACAGUGGAUCCUUCAGUGCGGGAAGCACAACAACAGGUCUCAGGGAGCGUGACCGUGAAGGCACAGGCGGAUCACAUCGCUUGGCCAGUCUAGAGAGAUUGGCAGUUCGCCAAAGGAUAAUCGAACAAAGUGCAAACAAUCAGGUGUCGACCGGUUCGACUUUGAACACCGCUGGGACAAAUGGAGGGCCCACCUCUGCCACCGUCACCCUUACCGAUACGGCUACGUUACAAAGUAAACGCGAGCUGUUCUUCAAGUCGGAUUCGGUGAGCGGCGGCGUGAGCGCAACCGGGCCGCCUAUGGGCGCGCCGCCCGCGCCGCCGGUCGCGCCGUCCGCCCUCAAAGACGCGCUGGCCAAGCGAUCCGCCACCCUGCCCGACCACGAGAUCAGCCACCACGAGACCAACGGCACAGCGAAGCUCAGCAACAGCGUGUCCGUAGACGCGCCCAAACCACCGACUUCAGCGCCGCCACCCACGCCAGCGCCGCCUGUUCCCACGUCAGCACCACCGGCGACCGCUCCGCUCAGGAGUACAGAGAAUAUCAUUAAGAAAACGGAUCAUCCACCAGUCGCGCCAAAACCAGAUUUACCUAAGUUAGAAAAGCCAAAAACCAAAGAAUUAGAUGGAUAUGUUGGAUUCGCAAAUUUACCGAACCAGGUAUACAGGAAGGCAGUAAAGAAAGGAUUCGAAUUCACAUUAAUGGUAGUGGGUGAAACCGGCCUGGGCAAAUCCACGUUAAUAAACUCGCUGUUCCUAACGGAGGUGUACGACAAAGACAAGCACCCGGGCCCGUCGUUGCGCGUCAAGAAGACGGUCGGCGUGGAGACCAGCGUGGUGCUGCUCAAAGAGAACGGCGUCAACCUCACGCUCACCAUAGUCGAUACGCCGGGCUUCGGCGACGCAGUUGACAACAGCAAUUGCUGGCAGCCGAUCAUCGACUUCGUGGAAUCGAAGUAUGAGGAGUUUCUGAACGCGGAAUCGCGUGUGACGCGCAAGGCCGCGCCGCCCGAUACCCGCGUGCAUUGCUGUCUGUACUUCAUUGCGCCAAGCGGCCAUGGUCUCAAGCCUUUGGACGUGGAAUUCAUGCAGCGACUCGGCGACAAAGUCAAUAUCAUACCCGUCAUCGCUAAAGCUGAUACAAUGACGCCAGAGGAGUGCAAGGAUUUCAAAGAACAGAUAAUGAAAGAGAUAGCCCAACACAAGAUCAAGAUCUACGACUUCCCCGAGAGCACGGGUGAGGAGGGCGAAGGCGCGGACGCCACUAAGGCGCUGCGUGGGCGCGUGCCCUUCGCCGUCGUGGGCGCCAACACCGUCAUCGAGCAGGACGGCCGCCGCAUCCGCGGCCGCAAGUACCCCUGGGGCAUCGCCGAGGUUGAGAAUCUAGAGCACUGUGACUUCUUGGCUCUCCGCAACAUGGUGAUAAGAACACACCUGCAAGACCUCAAAGACGUGACCAGCUCCGUGCACUAUGAGAACUACCGCUGCCGCAAACUGGCCGGCCUCUCCCACGAUGGAAAACCCCACAGGAUCAAUUCCAACAAGAAUCCUUUAGCUCAGAUGGAAGAAGAAAAGAGAGAGCAUGAUCUUAAAAUGAAGAAGAUGGAAAGUGAAAUGGAACAGGUGUUCGAGAUGAAGGUUCGCGAGAAACGCGCCAAGUUGAAGGAGUCGGAAGCGGAGCUGAGUCGGCGACACGAGGCCACGCGGCGCGCGCUCGAGGCACAAGCGAGGGAGCUGGAGGAACGUCAGCGCGCUUUGCAAGCUGAGCGUAGCGCCUGGGAGCGCGAGACUGGCCUCUCACUUGACGACCUGCGGCGCCGCUCGCUCGAGGCCAACAGCAAGGAGUGAGUAUACCCGCACUUUACGCUA